GUGGUACCUUGUAAAGGUAGUAAGUACCCCAAUGCGAAGCGCGCCUUCGCGUUAGGACCAGUAUGGGGAAGUGAGAGCACCAGGAAGAACUCUUUGCGUCUCAACUAUUCCAGUUCCCACUCCGCACAAGCCUCUCCCCCCCUCCCACCUCUGUUAUGAUAUGUUUAGGCAUCGCAUUCGCCCGCUGCUCUGUUGGAGUGCCUGAACGGGGGCAUUAACGUCUCUUCCUUGAUUACCGGGAGCAAAGGGGGAGAGUGGAUUCAAAGGCAGUUUGAGAGAGAGAGUGCACGCAAUGGCAUCUAAGGAGUUUUCUGCCGCUGGAUUCUUUACCGUCAGCAGAGAAAUAACAGAUAGCAUCAGAAAGGUCAUCGACAAACCAUCUGUCAAGUUCGCGCGAGCUGUCAAGCUUGACACCAAGGGUGGAAAAUCAGAGGACAGAAUUCUGGCUCUGACAACAUGGCGACUUUACCUUUUGGCUGCCAAAGUACCAACCAAGGUGGAGCAGACAUUCAACUUUCUGGAGAUUCGGGGAAUGAAUGCUUACCCAGAGUACCAGGUUGUCAUAGAGACAGACAAGGCAACAUACUCCCUUAGACUGCAGUCCGUCGAUCACCUGGAUCAGCUUAUUGGUCACGUGAACUUUGCCCUCUCUCGCAUUUUCAACAACUCCAUCUUUGCGCCCCCCAUCUGUCGGUUAGAUGGGGAGCUCACAGAGGGGGGGCGCAAGUUCUCCCCCAACUCCGAGACGUCUGUGGAGGCGCAGAGAGCCUGUGGAGGCUUUUCAGAGACCUAUGCAGCUUUGUGUGAUUACAAUGGCAUUGGCUGCAAAGAGGAAGUUCAGUGGGAUGUGGAUACCAUCUACCACUCUCAGGACAAUAGAGAGUUUAACUUGUUGGAUUUCAGUCACCUGGAGAGCAGGGAUCUUGCUGUGAUUGUGGCAUCCAUGGCGUACAAUACGUGGUUCACCAAACUCUACUGCAAGGAUUUACGCUUAGGUUCAGAGGUGGUGGAGCAGAUUCUUCACACCGUCAGCAAAUCCAGCAGUCUGGAGGAGCUCACCCUGGAAAACGCCGGCCUCAAAUCGGAUUUUCCUCUGAAGAUGGCAACGGCUCUGUGUGAAAACCCUGCUUCUGUGAUUCACUCCCUGAACCUGGCCCACAACACGCUGGACAGCCAGGGGGUUUCCAAUCUCAUCCAGCAAAUGUGUCGCCUCAACAAAGGUCUGCGUCUGCUCAACCUCUCCAAGACGUCCCUCUCCUCUAAGGGUGUGAUGUCUCUCUCUCAGGCUCUCUGCUCCAGUGAUGACUACUCCAACUCCCUCCUGCACCUGGACCUGAGCAAGAACCCUGGGGUGCUGUCUGGCGAGGACGCAACGAAUCUUUACCUGUUCUUGGCCCAGCCAAACUGCCUGGUGCACUUGGACUUGUCUGGGACAGACUGCGUUGUGGACACAUUGUUUGGGGCUUUGCUUAGGGGAUGCUGUGCUGAUCUGUCCUAUCUGAACCUCUCCAGAAACUCAUUCUCUCACAGGAAAGUGAGAGAAACUCUUCCCUCUUUUCGUCAGUUCUUCAGUUCAGCUUUCAGCCUGACUCACAUCAGCCUCUCAUCGAUGAAGAUGCCGCCUGAUGUUCUGAGAGCACUAUUCCUAGGACUGUCGUCCAAUCCGCACAUCACUGACCUGCACCUGGACAUAAGUGGCUGUGAGCUGAGGUCAGCAGGAGCGGAGGUGAUCCAGGACUUGUUCCCCAGAGUCUCCUGCGUCAGCACUCUGGACAUCUCUGACAACGGAUUGGAUGCAGAUCUUCUGUCUGUUAUCCCCACCUUCUCCAGACAUCCCUCCCUCAAACACCUGCUACUUGGCAAGAAUUUCAACCUUAAAAGCAGGGUGCUGGAUGAGAUCCUUCAGAAGCUUGUCUUACUCAUACAGGAAGAAGAGUGUGCUCUGCAAUCCUUGUCCCUGGCGGACUCGCGCUUGCGCUCCAGAGGCACGUCGCUGGUGAACGCUCUGGGCAGCAACGCCUGCCUCAGAAAGGUGGACCUGAGCGGCAAUGGCUUUGAAGAUGCCGGGGCCCGCAUGCUCAGCAAGGCCCUGCAGAUCAACACCACCCUCAGGAGUGUAACAUGGGACCGUAAUUAUACCACUGCUACUGGAUUCCAUGAUGUUGCACGAGCCUUGGAACAUAACUUCACUAUCCAGUAUAUGCCACUUCCCCUGUGUGACAUUGCCCAGGCCUAUCGCAACGCCCCUGAGAGGACAGAGCAGGCACUGACCAAGAUCCAGCGGGCGUUGUUGAGGAAUAAUCAGACACAGCGCUUCUCCCAGAAACAGGCCCUGCGUCUGCAUCAGGGUCUAGUGACCAGCACGGCUGAACAGGUGAUGGAGCGCCUGUGUGUGCGUGUGCAGCAGCAGCUGUGUGUUCUGCGGGGGUCAGCGGAGGGGGAGGAGCUACAGGCAGCGAGACAGGUUCUCAAGGAGGCCAGGAACUCACGAGCGCUGUACCCAUCCCUGUGUGAGCUGGCCCAUGUGCUGUCAGUGGACGGGCCCGUCAGACAGAGGCUGGAUGCGCUGGCUGGCGAACUGGCCAAGGCAGCCGAUAAAGAAUUACAGGUGAUCGUGGACUCCAUGGUGUCCCUGUGCCGUGAGCUGUGUCCGCUCUCCGCCACCUCAGCAGAGCUGCUCUCCCCUCCGCUCUCCUCCGUCUCGGAGCGUGUCUCCAUCCCUCGCUCCGUGAUCCGCACUGCCCUGAUGGAGAGAGCAGCGCAGGACAUCAAUAGAGCCCUCGAGGAGGUUAAGCUUUCUGUCGUCUCACAUCUCACCAACACCAUCGUGGAUCAGAUCUUGCAGGAGCUCUACACCACUCACAAAAUACUGCUGCAGCAGGUGUCUCAGGUGAGACGUCUGGAUGACAGGGGGACAACCCGUCGAGCUCAGAGACACACAGACACGCUGGACAUGGCAGAUGAGGACCUGGCCAUUGGCAUAGACACCAUCGCCAUCAAGAAGCGUAGCUCUCGCACCAGACGGAUUCGGCCUGUGUCCACCAGAUUGACAGGCCUGGGCGAUGACCCCACCGCCUCCCCCAUUGUCUCUGCCUCUCCUCCCUCUGCCCAUCUUCCCCGCUCAGCUUCCUGGGAGGGGCUCUCCACCCUGCCUACCCAAGGUGCACCUCUGCGCCAUGUCACACACGUCAGACCUCGCCCCCCGCGGCGACACAGGACAGGCCACACCCCUCCAGACACACACUGCGCUGAGAACGGAGGAGUGAACCUGCUGGACAAUGGCCUUCCUGACUUUUACACCAAGAGGGUUCUGCCUGAAAGUCAGCUGGCGUCUCACAACCAGGCCCAGACACUGAGGAAACAGAAGAGGCGGAGCGUCCUGUCAUUCUUCUCCGGUUUCCGUAAGAACCACCACUCUGCCACCUUCUACCAGGAUGCGGACUCUGCAGGACAGGGAGGGGCCUGCGGGGAGGAGUGCCGAACAAAUCUGUCCUCUGAGAACGUCUACUCGACGGUGGAGUACCCCAGUGAUGGUGAGCAGGCGGUGGAGAUAGGCAGUGACCGCCCCCAGCGGAGGCUGGAGAGGCAGGGUUCCGAGAGGAGCACCCCCAAGUCAGCACGGUCCCUCCACGGCAUCGCCCACCCGGGCCAGAGGGGGGUCCCAGCCUGCCUCUCACAGAAACAGUCUUCAGACACAGAGAGCGACACUCACAGCUCUGUGGGAACAGGAGUACACACAGACAUGCUGAGCGUGGAGAGAGAUGCCUUCGACAGGGACAGCGACGGGCCUUUGCCGGGCGCCCGCGAAGAGGAGGCGACGCAGGCUGAGGGGCAGAUAGUGGGCAUCGAUGGUGGAGAGGAGGUGGAGGAGGAGGUGCCCCCCUUGCCCGGUGCUGUGGGAGAGAUGGAGCAGCAGAAGAUAGAGGAGGAGGAGGAGGAGGAGGAGGAGGAGGAGGCAGAGAGUCAGAAGCCUGUGCCGCCCCCGCAGAGCUGCAAGCCCAGCCUGGCCAGAAUGAGACAGCGACACCUGCAGGAAAGCUCUGAGCCCUCAAUAGAGGAGGCAGGAGGAGAGGGAGAGGGGUAUGAAGAGGGGAAGGAGAAGAAUGGCCACGGCACGCUGAAGGAUCAAGACGUCAAGGGACUGCAUUCCCCUGGACCUGAAAAGGCAGGUAAAGAGCAGACAAUCACAGACAGAGGUUCACCUGAGGACAGCUCCUCUCUCUCCCCCUCCAAAGACAGAGCCAAUCAGAGGGCAGCACGGCCUCCCGUGCCUCCUGCCUCUACAAAGCCUGUGCUUCAUCAUUCGCUUGACUCCGCUGUCACUCAAGGUGAUGAAGAUGGCAGCAACUCCAACGGAGUGCCGAAGGCGUACCGUAACAGGAAAACCAAUUCAUGUGACACAGGCAUGGGACACAACAGCCCCAGCGAUCUGGAGAAGUCCUCAGAUCGCAAGCCCCCUGUGAAAAAACCCAGACUACCCCCCAAAAGACACAAAUCUGUGGAUUUCCCCGGUCACGCAGGUCCGGAGCCUGGCAACGGAGGAGCGUCAUGACUACGCCAACCUAGGAUCCCGUCGGCCACAUUGGCAUGACAACUGUUGGGGGGGAUUAUUGUGAUAAUGGCUAGAGGAAGGAAGGAGGGAAGGGAAGGGAGAAGUACAUGGCUAAAGAGAAAGGGAUACAGAGAAAUAAUGAAAAAGAAAGACACCAGGGUAGAGAUGGAAAGUGAGAAGAAGGGAAAGAGAGAGGAAGACACUGGGAUAGAAAUGGAGUGAGUAAUAGAGGAAUGAGAGAAAGAUGCUAUAGAGGGAUGCAUAGAGAGAUAGAGCGCAGAAGAGACUGCUUGAGAGAUCAUUUAGCUCUUUGUAAACAAACCCUUAGAUGUAGCUACACUGUGUUCCAGGGGGAGCACAGUAACUCUUAUUUGUCCUCCCCCUGUCUGUCCAUUCUCUAUUUCACCCUCUCAAACUCUCAGCCAGCUGAACUAACACAGGCCCACAGUCAGCACUUCGCCUAGCAUCCCAGUGUCUGUAAUCAGGCCUCUCUCUUUCUUCCUUGCUCUUUCCUCUUUUUGUCUAUCUCUCUGUGUCUCUCUCGCUUGUCAGAUUUUCUCUUUUGUUAGUAGACAAUCCUUUGACACUGGAACUGUAAGCUUUGGUAUUUGCUUUUUAAGGUGAUCAUGACCUGUAAAUAUGAAAUAUGACUUAAUCAAUUUUUGCACAAGUCAAAGUAAAGACCAUUGCUCUGCAUUUUAUGUUGAUAUUUUGCAUAUUGGUAAGUAUUGCAUAAGUUAUCAGGAAGCUGUUGUGUGAUGAUGUUCAUUUUAUCAUUGUUAUUACAUUAUUUCAUGGUUGCCACUUGGUCAAAUAAACCUUAUAACAAUCAAAGUUGGGCAAGAACAAACUGAGCUUUAUUUUUAAAGAAAAAUGUGAAUGUGACUUUGAAUAAAGUUUGGGCCUUUA